UGGAGAUUGUUCGGCGGCGGAGCCUCCAGCCCGGAGCGCACGCAUGUUCAGUGGACUCUGAUGGUGCGAAGCCCCAGAUGAAGGACUCAGACGUCCGGGAAUGACAGCCGCUGUCACCGGGAGUGACAGCUUUCACUCUGACCCACUGCUCUGCUAAACCAGCUCCAGCUGACACCCAACACUGAUCCGGAUCGGAUCCAGCCAAACCGGGACUAUGCCAGAGAUGGAGAAAGGGAGACCACCAGAAAAUAAACGCAGCAGGAAACCCGCGCACCCCGUAAAGAGGGAGAUCAACCAGGAGAUGAAGACGUUUGCAGAAAGCACCAUGAACGAGCUGCUGGGAUGGUACGGAUACGACAAGGUGGAUCUCAGGGACUCGGAGGCCAAUGAGAUCAGGAACUACAGAGAGAGGCGUCAGCAUGUGUCUGUGCUGAAAGAAAACUCGUUGCCAAAACUCAAGGGCCUGGACGCCAAAGUCGGCCAUUCAGUCCUGGCCAUGAAGAGUGGAGAGAGAGAGUCCUCGAGUGUGCCCUCAUCUUCCUCCUCCUCUUCAUCAACAUGUUCAACCCUGACCACCCCCAAAGAGCACAAGAGUGCCCCUGUGAUCGUCCCCCUCAUAAAGCCAUCAGCAGUGGAAGAUGUACAGAAUGUACAGAUUGUGUGCGUCUGGUGCCAGAAGGAAGGUGUGAAGCGCUACUCUCUCUGUAUGGGCUCGGAGCUCAAGAGCUUCUGCAGUGAAAAGUGCUUCGCCGCCUGCAGACGGGCCUACUUCAAACGCAACAAGGCCAGAGAUGAAGACCUCCAGGGUGAGAGAUCCCCUCAGCACCAACACACAGAGGACUCGCCCAGACUGGUGUUGAAAAUAAACAGCAAUGUCAGAUCUCUCUCCCCUGUGCCUCAGGUAUGUGACUGGUGCAAGCACGUCCGCCACACGAAAGAGUACCUGGACUUCGGAUCCGGUGAGGAACGUCUCCAGUUCUGCAGCACCAAGUGUCUGAAUCAGUACAAGAUGGAUGUUUUCUACAGAGAAGCCCGUGCAGCUCUCACCAGCUCCAGCCCGAGCAGGCCCAGUCAGGAGGGGAGGACGGACAGUGGCGGGGUUGGCGUCGGCGGGCAAAAUUUACUCACUCCUGACUCUUGGAACAGCAGCAACAGUAUGGCGGAAGCCCGUCAUAGAAACCUCUCCCCUAAAGGACCUGCACUAAUCCAUGGAUCAGCAGAGUCCGCCUCCAUCUCCUCCUCAGAGGCAUCCUCCUCCUCUUCUUCUUCUUCCUCUUCUUCCUCCAAGGUCCCUGUCUCUGGGCUAAGGACGAUGGAGAGACCCAUCCAGCCCCUUCCUCAUCUGCCUGCCAUGGAGGUGUCACCCCACCCUGCUCAACUUGGUCCUCUGCCUCAUCCUCGUUCCCAUCUGGACCAUCAACCUGUGCCUCAAAUCCCCAUCCCCUUCAUCAGACCUCCUCUUCAUGCCCAGGGCCUAAAAAGCCCCCUUGCCAAUGCAUCCAGACACCCAGGCCCCCCCUCUAGCCCACUCCACAGACCUCCUCACUCUCCGCGAAUGCAGCCUCCCAACUCCUCUUCCAUUAAUCCUCCUGGAAUGAUGCAUCCUUUUCCAGGAGCCUACUUCCCUGGCUUGCACUCCCCUCCCCUGAAUAUGAUGCCAAGAGGUCCCAUCCCAAUGCCUCACAUGAUGAACUAUGGUUAUCCCAAUUUUAGCCCUUUUCUGCCACAUCCCACUGUCCUGGUCCCUUAUCCCAUCAUUGUUCCCCUACCUGUUCCCAUACCUAUUCCUAUUCCCAUUCCAUUCCCGUCGAAGUCAACCCCAGAACCUCCAAGUCAUAGUGGAGUUAUCCAACCUGUGCCAGAGGGUGCAGACAGGGGUAGAUCUAGGGCUACCAGGCUGCCAUCCCCAGGGAUCCUUGAAGCAGAGAGUAGAUUGAUAGCAAAUAAGUUGGGUGGAACCUUCACUCAGGGUCUCCCCUCCCCAAGCGACCCCCACACAAGUGACCCAGAUUGGGUUAAACUAGAGAGGCCAUUCCCAUCCCCAGCAUCCACACUCAACAGUGAAGCAUCCUCACCCAGAGUGCAGUACAACGAGUCUCUGUGCUCAGCUGCAGGGUUGGAGGUGCUGACAGACUAUAAGCAGCAACAGUCAGAGCGACAAGUCAUCCAAAGGGUUCUUCAAAGGGCCCAAGUGAAGCUUGAGCCCAGUGCCAAUGGAGCGGUGGACCUAUCAGGGCUGGGGGAGUCAGGGACUGGGCAGGGUACCAGAUCAGGGUUCCACAACAUCAUCAUCAGACCCACCCCUCCGCUACCAGAGUCCCCUUCACAUGACACUGUCUACCACCACCAAGACUCCCACACUCCACCUCCCCACACCCCGCCCAGCCCCACGGGAUGCAGCUAUCCAAAUGAAGUCACGUCCUGUGCCUUAAAAUCUCAGGACCAUAGUCUAAAUGGUAUGUCCUCAUUGUCCAUGCCCUCCAGUCCAGACUCCUCCCAUCCACAGAGAAUACCAGUGCCACCCCCUGACCCCAUGAUCAGCGAGCUGGAGGCCAUCAAAGAGAACAAGUGCUCUGUUGGCCCAGAGCGGGUCGAGGACCCAGUCGCUCAGUCAGAAGAGCCCCUAGCUGUAGUUGGGGAAGUAGGAGACGACCCCCAUGUUCCUGACGAGGACCAUGCCUAUGCCCUUCCCACAGCGCCAAAGACAGGUGGGACCACCACCCCACUGCUCUUGCCCAAACUCAGGGACAAGGGCAGCCUGCGGAGCCCUGCUAAUAUGCCCAGUGCUGGAGACAUGGAGCCAGCUCUAAAGAGGCGAUGCUUACGAAUCCGUGAUCAGAAUAAAUAGAGGAUGGAGAUUCACUGUUUAACACUGUACGGCAGUGCCAGAUCAGUGCCACGCCCCCUUGUGGACGACACCAUUGCUACCACCCUCCGGCCACUCCCUCACGCCUGUCCGCCCACCAGAGAGCCGCCCCUGCCUGUAGACCAGCAGGGUGCCAGCCCAGGAAGCCGUCCAGAUGGCCACCUUAUCUCUGGAGGGAGGAAACGACAGAGUCACACAGUUUGUCCCGGACCAAAGAGCGUUUCUGGCUCCAGUGUGUUAUGUCGUGUUCAUGAAGCAUCUCAGAUCUUCUUCUAAAGUGUUCACAAGUUAACGUGGCUGCCCAGAUGCGCCACUUCUCUCCUCUUCCUCCUCCUCCUCCUCCUCCUCCUCCUCCUCUCCUCUGCUUGCUCCGCACAGCAGACACAGCUCUGAUCAGCCUUGUGUGGUCUUCUCAGAUGGAACCUGAACAUGAUCUCUUUCCAGGGGAAACGGUUUGUUUUCUCUGCCUGGCUUGCACAAAGAGCCACAUUGUUCCUCUCCCCAUAUCCCACGCUGACUCCCCACUCCAGGUUUUGGAUUACCUGGUCGACGGGGGCUCAGACUUUUUUUUUUUUACCAAGGGCCAGGAAUAUAGUUUACCCUUCUCUGCUCCACCAACCUAAAAAUGGUACACUCUAUACACACUAGUGCUGAGGUCUGAUUCCUCACAACCGAUCGCCUGCUCCACUCGCUUCCUUAAAGGGAGGAGAGAAAAUUCUGCUGAGAUUGAGACUUCAUCCCGGGGCGGAGAGAGAGUGGCAGAAACGGCUGAAUGGUAAAAGGAUGCUCCCUCUGCAAACACAGCAUACUGCACAUGAGGUGAAGCUGAGCUACAGAAACUGAGCUGGUCUGUGAACACUUGAGUCGUCCUGAUGACGCUGGUACAGAAACGUGUCAUUUAACAGACCUUCUCCUCAUCUUUCACCUGAUCUGCCAAAGCUUUAAAAUACGUAAAAUCAGAAUUCAAAUCACGUUUAGCAACGAGCUCCGUGAAGAAGUCCUGAACAUUCAUGGUACACGACAGUUUAACUGUUUUUUUUUUUUGUAACUCUUUAUUUUUCUGUCUCGGAUCAGACGAUUCUAAUAUUACCGAAUGUGGUGUUAUACUCAAUCACCCGACGCUGUCGUAAGCAGCGAUCAGUAUUACAGUCCCCACUCUGGGGGGAUACUAAUGAGUUUUGAACCAGCUAUAGAUCACAUAGUAGAGGCUUCGUCAACAGUUGUCCAAUUGCAAGGAUUCAAGUUUUCUUGCCUACACAGAUACUACUUGAUGAUAUAUUAACUUAUGGAUGAUGCAUCUGUAGAUUUUCACCCAAAAAAAGUGCUUUAUUUCUUCAUUUGUUGUUGUUUUCCCUUUUGAUGAUUGUAUUUUGCAGAGUGCCGAAGCUCUUGAACGCCCCUUGUGUCUGUGUUUAUAUACCGUGUCCCCACUAGAGAGCAGUGUUUGCCUUUGUAACUUUGCACCUGCCCCUUGACACCAGGAGGCCCCCCCACAGAGAAAGAACUGCUGAGGCCCUUCACACAGGAAACGACGCUGCACCCGGUGCCAACUCACUGCGCUUCUCCUCCUCCUCUUCCUCCUCCUCCUCCGUGUCACGCUGCCAUUGUGUUACCUUUAAAAAACCUGAUUGUCGCCUUUUUUCAGUCGUGUCAUGCCGAGAGCACGUAGAGUUCCCAGUUGUCACGACCUGCUCCGAGAAUAACCCCAACGUGUGGCCGACCCCCUGCCAUCAUUCCAAAGUGACAUGCCAAUCAGUUAGCGUGUGCGUGUGUAAGUGUGCACGUCUCCCACCGCUCAUUCCAGCCUCCAUCCUCACCGCAGGACACGCUAUCAUCAUGUCAGUGUCAUCCUCGGCUGGUUUGGGGGGGGGUUGACAGCCAAGUCAACAGCUUGUAUGAGUCAGUGGUGACAUCACUCCAUUCAAACAGCUGCUGUGUCAACAAGUGGCCCUCUGCCCUGACGCCAGAGCCCCCCCACCUUCUCCAACAUAAAAUUGAAAUAUCAUUUAUUGAUUUGAUUGAUUGCACAUUGCCAUUUGUAACCCGAUACAGUAUAUAUGUGUGUGUGUGUGUGUAUGUAUGUGUGUGUCAAUCCAAAGUUAUGCCAAAACAACACUUUUGAUUCAGAGGAUUUUGUUGCCUGAAAUUUGCAAGUGUCUCCCCCCCCCAAACAUGUCGCCCACCGUCUGAACACACUGUUCUCGCAGGUUGUUUGUGUUUGAAUACAGAUUCAGUGACAUGGAGCUUUGGUGCGGAACCUCUUUGUAAAGUAAAAUAAAUAAAAGUUAUUCUAAGA